UUGACUUUCUAAGUAAACAGAGGCAGUAGCAACAUCAGUAGUAACUUGUGACAAUAAACUGUAAAUCGGUUGGCAGGAAAGGUGUUUUUCUGUAGCGACCUCUUUCCAUCCGUUAGGACUCUUGAUUACAAUAUUGAGGCUAUAAAAGCGCUAUCAUCAACAUCUUCUCUUUUUCACGUGUAGUUACCAGUGUCCAGUACUAGACUCAAAAAUUAUCGUAACAGAAGUUCAUUUUGUCAACAACUCAAUUCAAAAUGGCAACAAAUGGAAACGAUGAAUAUUUUCCAGAGCCUUCUGAAGAUAAUUGCGAAGCAAUGGAAUGGGAUGGAAACAAUGAAAGUAUUCCACAGUCUUCUGAAGAGUCUUCUGAAGAGUCUUCUGCAGAUUCUUGCGAAUCAGAGUCUGCUAAAAAUUAUUUGAACAGCAUCAGCAAUAUGGACGAAAGACGUGAAAAAUUGUGCCGAGGAUAUGCUGAACAACGAUGGGGAGGCGACGUUUUUAUAACACUUAUGAAUUGUCAAAGCCUGUUUCCGAGUGACGAAGAUAAAAGAUAUUUUGUAAAAUUUGCUCUGACAGAGUUCCACAGUUCAACAGACUUCAAUUUAAUGAUUUUAAAAAUGAUAAAAGAGUCCAACUUCAACAUGCAUGACUUUAGAUUCGAAGAUGGAAAGUCUGCUGUGCAUUAUUUAGCUAGCAUUGACGCAUUGCCGAUCAUACCACUCCAACGAAGACUUAUGCUGCCUUUCAUGGAAUUCUUCUUGGAAAACGCAGAGCAAAAUUACCAAGACGAGCACGGUUACACGUAUUUACACGGAGCCUGCAUGUCCGGUAACGUGACUGCGCUGAAUAUGCUCUUGAGCCAAGGCGUGGAUGUCAAUCUCAACUCAUACAGGUACGCACCGUUGCAUAUUGCAGCCCAGUACAGGAACGAUAAUGUGGUUGAAAUUUUAUUGAGACACCGAGCCAGUCCGAAUCAGCCGGACCACGAGCGAUCGACUCCACUUCAUGCCCUCGCGCGGCUGCGUAUAUGCGACUGUGACGACGGCCUCGACGUCUGCGAUCGUAAACGACCAGUCGAUAAGCUCGUAGAAAUGCUCGUAGGAGAUGGAGCAGAGCUCGAAGCUCGCAACUCUCACGGGGACACACCUUUACAGCUGGCGGUCUCCAGGUUUGACCGGGAACUGGUAGAGGCUCUUUUGAAACGCGGAGCAAGCAUAAGUAACUUGAAUGACGAUCGGAUGUUCAGCUGGGAUUUUUCCCCGUUGGAAUUGAGGUAUCCCUAUACUCUGUGGAUUAUCGAGACGAUUCGAUUAUUACAGUCGGCUGGCUACGAAAUGGACUUCCAGGCUAGAUUCAGAAUGAUUAAACUUUGGAUGAGAGUUCGAGGAAACGAUGCCGAUUAUAUUCUUUCAGAUCUUGAUCACUAUUCCUAUGCCUCGCUUUGUCACCAUCUAUCUAUUACUGAGACAUUUGGCUUUUAUAUCCAUCAAAAUACAAAUGAUUUUUGGCGUCAAAAAUUGGAACAAUUAAGACCUUUUCAUGGAAAUAACGCAUUGGAUUCGAUUCUUGUAAUAGGCUACGGUUUCACGCUGGAAGAUGCAGCGAAAAUGAAUGCAAUUAAGGUUACCGAAGAUAUCUCACUUUAUCAACUUUGCCAAAUGAACUAUAGCGAAGGUUACUCGAUUUUGAAAAAUAUACAGAAUUGGCGUAUCCCACCAAUGGAUCAAAUAUCGGGUACUACCAUGAACAUAAGAGUAAAAAGACACAUAGGAAACAUUUUAAUGAGGCGGGAGUUGGAAUUAUUUGUAUCCGAUCUGUUCAUGACUAAUCAUUGUCAAUUAAAUCUUCCUCAUACUGCUUGUCGAAAAAUUACCGAAUAUAUGAGUUACGAGGAUCUACUGCGUAUAUGCGAACAGAUAAUUGAAGAUAAUUAAGCCAAUGCGACGGUGUGAACGUCCAUGAGCGCAACGCCAGAUUCGUCAGGUUUACAAUUUUUAGCAUUUUAGACAUUUGCUCUGAUGCGAGCUACAGAAAACGUGUGAAAAUAUAGUGAACAUAGUUUUUAUGUUGAUAUUUACUGAUAAUAUACAAUGAUUUAUUGUAAUAUAGCAUUGAAUGAUUUUUGAGUGUCUCUUUUUUGUACGCGUGAAUACAAAAAAACUAAACUAGAA